GCAGUAGAGCGGGAGAGCGGGAGAGCGGGAGAGCGGGAGAGCGGGAGCUUGAUUGAAGAUUGGUCUAGGUCGGGUAAUCCACGGGAUUUGUAGCUUCCGCCCAUCAGAGUGGCACUUUAUUAAUGGUUUCUUUGUACCCGAGAAAUGUCAUGAUAAUAUCAACAUUCUGCGAAUUGAAGCUCUUUUAGAAAGAAGUUUUAUACCUUUUCCUGUACACUAUUUACUAGACUGAAAGUAUUUUGAUCGCAAAUCCCAAGAAGACGACUAAUUCAGUAUGCCGAGUUCUUGUCAAGAUAUCCGAGCGGCACUGGCACAAUGUCUCCAAGAGUCAGACUGUGUCAUGAUUUAUCGCAAUAAGCCUGCCGAUUGUCUGCGAGCGCCUCUCCUCGAAACUAUGCCCACCAAGUGUCAACAAUUGAAGACAGGUUACGGUGAAUGCAAACGAGGUUUAGUCGAUAUGCGCAAACGAUUCAGAGGCAAUCAACCAAUUUCUGUGAGCAAGGAGAUUGAAGGAGGGGGAGAAAGAAACACCGGUGGACAUAUGCUUUAUGCUGGAAAGCCAGCUUUUGAAAGCGGAGUCAAAGAGACAAGCGGAAACGAGCCCGAAGAGAAGGAUUGGAGGCAGUUGGAGAACGAGAGGUAUAGAAAGGAGUAAAAGAAACAAAUACCUACUCUCAGGAAGGGGCAUUGGGGUAUCAUGCUUUAUAUCGGUUGAAGUUGGUGUUCCAUAUUGCAUUGGAAGGCGUUCAGGCAUUGUAUAUCAAAGGCAUUGCGCGAUCAAGGCUGAUUAUCAUAACGAAAUU